UGCCAUGAUGCUACUUAAAGAGCUGAUGCUCAGUUUAGCCAUUUAGGAUCUAGUUGUUAAUCAGCAUCACAACAGCUAAUAGGUGAGCUACAACCCAAAGCAUGCAAGGAGACACCGAACGGAAUAAUGAACUUCAGAUAUUAGUUUAUUUGAAAUGCUAAUCGUUGUUGUGCUCAUUAAUAGUGUUAAAUUACAUCAGCAGGAUAAUUUGUGCGACCUCGAGGUUGUCAUGAUGCUGUUGCAUGAAGCAGUUUCCAGUAAAAAAUGUCUGCAUUGUGCAUGAUUGUCAUAAAAUGUACUUAAUCAGCUCGCUUAUUGCAGUAAAUAUAGUUGUCCAUAAGUCUUAAUUAGUUGCUCGUGUUCUGCCAUUUUCAGUGUGUCAUCCGCCGCGGAGGCAGCAAUUAUUCUGAAAAGUUAUUCCAAAUAAGUGUGGCGCAGUCUUGAAUACAGAAAAGCCAUAUUCUGCUGUCAGUGCUGUUUGCUUGUGUAGAUUUGUUAGAUGGCACACAUCUGAUGCAGAGCCAUAUCUGCUGCGACCUCUCGCGCACACGCACGCAAGUGGCCUUCGGGUGCGCGUACAAGUGGAGAGCGGAACAGCACGACACUGACGUCAGAAAAGAGUGUCAGGUCAUGUCCAUCUGCUUAUAAGAGGAAUCUAUGAAGAUUGAAGUUUGAAGAUCAGUCACACAUCCACCCAGGCGCAGGACAUACCGGUGCGCGGCGCUCAUCCAAAACCAGCAGCUAUGCCUCACUCCUUGUUGCCCCUUUGCGUCCUGGGACUCCUCGCCCUCUCAUCCGCCUGUUACAUCCAGAACUGCCCCAGAGGGGGGAAACGAGCGCUGCCGGAUACUGGGAUCAGACAGUGCAUGCCGUGUGGCCCCGGAGACAGGGGCCGCUGCUUCGGCCCCAGUAUCUGCUGCGGGGAGGGCCUCGGCUGCCUGCUCGGCUCCCCAGAAACGGCUCACUGCGUGGAGGAGAACUACCUGCUCACCGCCUGCCAGGCAGGAGGGAGACCCUGUGGGUCUGAGGGAGGACGCUGCGCUGCUCCAGGACUCUGCUGUAACUCCGAGAGCUGUGCGGUGGACCCUGACUGCCUGGGGGAGACCGAGGCCUCAGAUCCAGCCCACGGCUCUGCAGGGAGCUCGCCAGCUGAGCUGCUGCUGCGCCUGUUGCAUGUGGCCACCAGAGGAUAGGAUGAUACUGUUCUGUGUGGAGGUUCCUCUGCUUCUCAGGGCCUGGAGGUGCAACAGAAUAAAGAUCAUCCCUGUUCCACUACAAGCCUUAAGGUGUAAACCUUGAACCAAUAAAAUGCCAAGACAAACUUUGUUCUCUCAUAACCCUUACUGCUGUGAAUCGCUGUAUCUGUAAAGACGGUCACAAAAAAGAAAAACUAUCUUUAACUUUAGUAAUUGGCUAUUUUCCUCCAGAUCAUAUGGAAGAUGAAUCAUGAUAUUGGUUAUGAAAAACAUAUUUCAUGUUUGUUCCAACCUUCAAAAUGUAUAUACUAAUGCACAUACUGUGAACAAAAUUGUAUUCUAUAUGAGGGGAAACUCCUCAGAGGUCCAUUUCAAAUAAGUGAAUUAUGGCAUAAAGAAAACACUGUAAAUAAGUCAGAGUUGGGAGAUGACAGACAUCAAUGUAAAACAGCAGCUUAAGCAGUUACUUCUUGUGUACUAGGAAUAGUAUUAUAUAUUGAAAAUAGGAGAAACAAUACAGA